AUGAGAAUUUUCGGGCAGAAGAGUCGCUCUGGGUUCUCAGGCUGGACCGCAGCAGAAGAGGUCACGCAAGGAAUUGAUGGAUCUGAUUUCACUGCCAUUAUUACAGGAGCAUCAAGUGGCAUUGGAGCAGAGACAUGUCGGGUUCUGGCGUUGCGAAGGGUCCAUGUGAUUAUGGCUGUGAGGAACACAGAUGCUGGUAGGGCUGUAAAAGAGGCCAUACUUAAAGAUAUCCCAACAGCUAAGAUUGAUGUUAUGGAAUUAGAGCUCACCUCCAUGGACUCUGUCAGGAAAUUUGCUUCAGAAUACAUCUCCUUGGACCUUCCCUUGAAUAUUCUCAUUAAUAAUGCAGGAGUUUUUUCAUUGACAUCCAUUCCUUCCAGACACAAUAUAGAACUUCACUUUGCAACCAACCAUCUAGGUCAUUUUCUUUUGACUAAUCUUCUAUUGGAGACCAUGAAAAAUACAGUGCGAAAAAGUCACAAAGAAGGAAGGAUCAUCAACGUAGCAUCACUUGCUCAUCGUUAUCCUAAAACUAUUCGUUUUGAUGAAAUCAAUAUUACAUCAAGUUACAUCAACCUGAUGGCUUAUCCGCGAUCCAAGCUAGCUAAUGUAUUGCAUGCCAAUGAGCUCGCAAGACGAUUGAAGGAAGAAGGAGUCAACAUAACUGCUAAUUCACUCCAUCCUGGAAUCAUUUAUACUAAUAUUUUCCGCAAUGACGGUUUUUUUAGAGGUAAAAAUUUUGCUUCGAUGGCCAGUAAAUUUCUACUGAAAAAUGUUCAGCAGGGAGCAGCAACCACAUGUUAUUUGGCGUUGCACCCACAAGUUGAGGGUGUGAGUGGAGAGUAUUUUGCAGAUUGUGGCAUCGCAAAACUAGCUUCUCAAGCUAAAGAUCCAGAAUUGGCUAAAAAGUUGUGGGAUUAUAGCCUGAGCUUGACUACCAAAAUUUAAGCACGUAGUUAAAGGCUUUGCUUCGCUAAUAUCAAAAGAAAGAUCAAGUUUUAUUGAGGGAUGGGCAAUGGCGGAGCUAGAUAAUAAUA